AUGUCCUCGAAGCCCGUAAGCGUUGUGAUCCAUCUGUCGGAUGGCGACACCAAAGUACAGAAACCUCACAGCAUCGAUACCUUCACGCUUGUCACUCGCAAAAAUGAAUACCACUUCAGAGUGCCCCCAUCGUGUCAGCCACUUCCUGGUACUGUCCAGACGGAGCGCGAUGCCUGGGUCCAGGCCAUUCACAAGGUGUGUUCGGACUGGAGAAGAAAGUCCAAGAGUGAACGCAUGCUUGAGGUCAACGAGAGCCUCCGACAUCUAAGCAUAGCAGAAGACAUAGGAGAGGACAUCAACGGCUCUGAUGUCGAGUCCGCUGGUGAGGAUGUUUAUGAAGACCCAAAUUCAGCUGGCGACAUGAAUCCAAAUCCCCCCCAAGAAGUUCCAAAGCAGACCGCCCCCGAUGCUACCCCCUCCCACCUUGGCCCACCACCCUCUAGCAGAGGGCAUCCUCACCGGCAUACAGCAGGCUCGGUAGGGGACAAAGUACCUUGCACCAAGGACAUCCCGCCACCCCCACCUUUACCUCUCGAUUUCAAGAUCGGUCCACGAAAGACCACACCACAUCACACCAAGGCUUUCCACUGGGACCUCGUUGGUACUGAUAAGAUUGUAAAAUCAUUUUGGGGGAAAGGAAGCCAACAACACGUUGAAGUUGACACAACGCGUUUGGACAUGCAAUUUUCUGUUGAAAACGCGGGGUCCUUUGGAGCACCGGAACCCAGCAGUGCACAACACAUCAUGCUCAACCAAAAGAUUGCACACAACUUCAACAUUUUCCUCAAAAGUUUUGCGGUGCAGCCUGCAGAGCUGAAGGACAAGCUGUUCGUCAUUAACGAGGAGGACGGAGGCCUGUCUGACGAGCACAUUACCUCGCUGAGGAGGUAUGUUCCCACUCUGGAGGAUGUGGAGAUGUAUAAAUCCUACAAAGGACCAGUGAGUGAACUGCACAUUGUGGACCAGUACAUGAUGGAGAUGUGCGACAUUCCAUACCUGAGCACACAACUAGAACUGCUCCUGACCCUGAGAGAGCUUCCCAUCAGCAUGAGAGACCUGCAGCCUCUGAUUGGCCAGAAGAUUGCAAUGUGCACGCAGCUGCACACCUGCAAGUCAUUCGUUUCCGUGCUGGAGUACACGCUGGCCAUCGGCAAUUACCUCAAUGAGAACGCCGGAAAGGAAAAGGCCAAGGGAUUCCGCCUCUCAUCCUUAGCUAAACUGUCACAGCUUCGUGGAAGAGAACGGACUUUCAGCUUGCUCCAUGCCCUUGUGGAGCAGAUUAUGUUGCAUGAGCCAUUCUUGGCCAACUUUACCAACGAGUUGGCGGAAUUUGAAGCGGUCCCAGGAGCUUCUGUCAAAGGCCUAACCGCUGAGGUAGACGUCCUGAAAAAUGAACUGCAGAAAGUCAUCCAGUAUGGAAAAGCCUCCAAGAAGAGACAUGUUGGAGGACAUCAUGCACACUUCAGCAAAGACCUGAAGGCGGCAGUGGAGAAAUACAACGCAGAUCUUUUGGCCUUGAUUAAGUCUUGUGAGGAGAUGAAGAAGCUAUACUCUGGCAUCUUGGUGAAGUUUGGAGAGAUGGCCGACCAGGACUCUCAGGAGCUCUUUGGCUUCAUCUGUCAGUUCAUCCACGACUUCAAGAGGGCCCGCGCUGAUGUUAUGUAGAUGCCAAUGGACAUUAGAAUUCAUUACUGACAUGACAAGAAUAUAAACGCUGUGCUUUCUAUUCCCAUUUCCAUGAGUUUUAGUCAACAAUGUUAGAUUACAUACACGCAAAACAAACAGUGGACCCUCAAACAAAACAAAUUUCUCAAAGGAAAUAUAAAUAAUCUGUUUCAGGGUCUAACCAUAAAACCUUGAUGAGCAGUACUAACAAUAUUUUAAUUAACAUAAAGGCAAUACAAAUGUGCAGAGGGAGAUUAAUGCUUGUAUCUGGGAGGUAAUUCGCUUCACAAUAAGACUAAAUGCAUCUCCCUUUUCUGUGUACAUUCCUGUUCUUCUUCUUGGUGACAAAAAACAAAACAACAACAGAAAAACAUGGAGUGUCAUAUUUGUGUUUGUUUAUCCAUUCGUUUGUUAGUUAGCAGAAUUCUUCCUGGUUCUUGGAUGAUGAUGAACAGAUGGGCAGUGCCAUUGUGAUUCUGGGGUGAUGCCAUUGUGACUCAAAUGGUGAAAAAGUAAAUUCCUAUAUUUGCACCUUUUGUCUAGAUCCUCACCGAAAUGUAAUGUCUUCUUCCUUGAUGCAAGCACCGCCCCUUUGCAAAUUUUAGUAUUUUAUUUGUAAUCUUGCUAUUUGUCCAUUUAUCAUGUACUAUGUUACUAUGUCAACAUGACUGAAAACUAAACUUAAACAACAAAGCUAGUGUUGGGCGAAUACUUUUGCACACUACUGUAUGGCUUUGUUUCAAAGAAGGAAUAAUUUAAAUUCAUGCAAAAAUAAAUGUUUACCAUUUUGGGGGACUAUACUGUUUAGUGGCCAUUUUGCCCUUUGGGAAAGUGGGGCAGUGCCCUACCAAAUCCAGUAGAUGGCUUUGUGGGGUGUGGAUAAAUAGAUUGUAUUGGGAGUCGU